CGUGCCUCCGUGCGUCUGACGUCACCGACGUCGAACGGGACUGUUUGUUCUGGAUUUGGGGCGAGGAAGGUCCGCGAGCGCUGACAACCGACCGAAGAAGGUGUGACACUCAGCCCUCUCUCUGUGUGUUGUGGUCUCCUUGCCCCCACAGCGUGUCGCUCACUGACCUCCAGUGUUACUUCAAGAAAUCACCGCCUCACCAAUUGAGAUAUGAUCACACAACUGGAUUAGAUCACAGCUGCACGGCAACAAACAUAGAGUCGAGUGAGGAGUGUAAUGGCCUGAGGGGGCGCCCCCCGGUCCCACCUGCCCCUGCCAGGUCCAAUCUGCCUAAACUGUCUGCUCAGCCUAUGAGACCCACCAUUGCGAUGGGAGACGGACUGGAGGCAGGCAGCAGCCAGAACCCUCCCUCUGCCCCACCGCCUCUCCCCUUUAACCCUCCACCCCCUGAAACAUGGAACCCCUCCAAACCCAAACGACAGACCAACCAGCUACAGUACCUGCUUAAAGAGGUGUUGAAGUCAGUAUGGAAACACCACUUUGCAUGGCCCUUCCAAGCUCCUGUAGAUGCCAUCAAACUCAAUUUGCCUGACUACUACAAGAUCAUCAAGACACCUAUGGACAUGGGCACAAUAAAAAAACGUCUGGAGAACAACUACUACUGGAAUGCCCAGGAGUGUAUCCAAGACUUCAGCACAAUGUUCACAAACUGCUACAUCUACAACAAGCCUGGGGAUGAUAUUGUCCUAAUGGCGGAGGCCUUGGAGAAGCACUUUCUCGAGAAGAUCGCGGAGAUGCCGCAGGAGGAGAUGGAGAUUGCUGUGGUCGCCAAGGGACGCCGAGGAGGCAGACGGGAGCAAGCUUUAAUCACCAAGUCAGAUUCAGGCCAAGACUCAUCCUCGCCCUCCACCACCCCCCACACACGAGGCUUCUCAUCCCCUUCGACCACCCCACAGACUCGUGCCGCGCCCACCCCACAAGCCCCUCCCGCCCUGGCUCUGGCCCAGCCGAUGGUCCAACCUCUGUCCCAGCCUUUGGUCCUGCCUCAGCCCCCACGCGUGCCUCCUACACCCACCUCCCACGCACCCCAUCUGGGACCUCCGUUUCCCCUCUCGACACCUGACGUCUUGGCACAGGGCAUGACCUCUGUUCCUCCUCCAGCCCCGACACACCCAGGCCUCACACCAGGCCUCACACCAGGCCUCACACCAGGCCUCACACCAGGCCUCCAUCCCGCCCCGAUGCUGCAGAGCUCCCCUGCCCUCAUCAAGCAACGAAAGAGCCAGAAGAGGAAAGCAGACACCACCACCCCCACAGCCAAUGACCAGCUCAGUGAAUCAUCUCCUGUCUCUGCUGAGAAUCGGCCACGCCGGGAGAGCAAUCGCCCGUUAAAACAACCCAAAAAAGACGUGUUGCAGCCGGACUCUCAGCACCACCUGGGAGGUGGUUUGGAGACAGGAGGAGGGACGGUUACGCAGACGCGGCAGGAUCAGUUGCGUUCCUGCGCACGCCUCGUCAGAGAGAUGCUGUCCAAGAAACAUGUAGCAUACGCCUGGCCGUUCUACAAGCCUGUUGACGUAAAAGCUCUUGGCCUCCACGACUACCACGACAUCAUCAAGCAUCCCAUGGAUCUCAGCACCAUCAAGAAAAAGCUGGACAACAGACAGUACAGAGACGCUCAAGAAUUUGCGGCAGACGUCCGGUUGAUGUUCUCUAACUGUUACAAGUACAAUCCCCCUGACCAUGAUGUGGUUGCCAUGGCGCGCAAAUUGCAGGACGUGUUUGAGAUGCGUUUUGCCAAAAUGCCUGAUGAGCCAGAGGAGCCCGUCCCUGUUCCCACCCCGUCGUCGGUCCUCCACCCUGCCCCCUCCACUCGACAAGCCCCGCCUCCUUCUGCUGUCUCGGAAGACGAUAGCUCCAGUACCUCCGAAUCGGAGUCCUCAGGAGGAGACUCAGAACAAGAAAGGCAACAGCGAUUGGCUGAGUUACAGGAACAGCUAAAGGCUGUCCAUGAACAGUUGGCAGCACUCUCACAGCCACAAACGAGCAAGCCCAAGAAGAAAGAGAGGGAGAAGAAGGAGAAAGAGAAAGAGAAAGAGAAGGAGAAGGAGAAGGAGAAGAAGAAAGAAAAGCACAAGAAGAAGAUGGGAGCAGAGGAGCCUGUGGAGACCCCUCCCGCUGUGGUGCUUCAGACGUCUAAGAAAAAUAAGAGCAGCAAGGAGCUGAUAAAUGCAAAGAAGGACAGGAAAAAGCCUGGUAAAAAGGAAGGAGUUAAAAAUAGCCGCCCAGCUGUGCUGCCUCAGCCUGGACCAACCCCUCUCGUCCCCUCGGCGUCUCUCGAAGCAGAGGAUGACAUGGAUGUAUUCGGGGGCGUGUCCACUGACAGGUGCAAGCCGAUGUCGUACGAGGAGAAGCGCCAGCUGAGCUUGGACAUUAACAAGUUGCCCGGCGACAAACUCGGCCGGGUCGUGCACAUAAUCCAAACACGUGAGCCUUCGCUGAAGAACUCCAACCCAGAUGAGAUAGAGAUUGACUUUGAGACUCUGAAGCCCUCCACGCUGAGAGAGCUUGAGAAAUACGUGUCGAGCUGCCUCAGGAAGAAGAAAAAGCCGUCAUCAGUUGAGAAGCCUCUGGAAGCAACAAAUGUGACAAAGAUGAAGACAGGAUCCUCAUCUUCAGACAGCAGCGACUCCUCUGAUAGUGAAGACUCUGAGAAUGGGCUGGUUCCCAAGCAGCAGAAGAAGACCUUGUCUAACAAAGACACCAAGAGACCGCACCAGCCCCUCAGUAGCGGAGCGGGCCCAGUCGCUCCUCAGCCUCAGAUUCAGCCUCAAGUGAUCCAGUCCAAACCACCAUUUGUCCCACCUCCACCUGUCCACGUCCCUGUCCCAUCUCUGGACACGUCCCAGCUGUUGACCUCUGGAUUUGAUCCUCUGGCUCAGUUCAUGAACCCUCACCUGACACAGUCGAACACACAGCCCAAUCCAACCAUUACUACUGCCGGGGGGGCCCCCGUUGUGUCUGGCCUCCUCAACGCAAACGCACCCACUGGCCAGACGCCCACUGAGACGCACCCUUUCCUAAACCAACAUCCCAUCAUACCUUCACCAGCGAUCCACAAUGCUCUUCCCCAACAGCCUUCAAGACCUAGUAACCGAGCAGCACCCCUUCCUCCAAAAAUCUCACAGCCUCCCCCGUCCUCGCACUCCUCCCUGCCUCCAUCCACCCCACCCCAACUUCAGCCCUCGCUUCCACUCACUCUCCCCCCUCAGCCUGUUCCCCGGCCACGUGUUCCUUCACCCCCAUCGCACGGCAUCCUGGGUACCCUCUCGGCGCAACCUCCCCAAGCCCUGCUGGAGGACGACGAAGAGCCGACGCCCGUCACUUCAGAAAUCACGCCCCUCAAUCAAGUUCACAACUUCUUGCAGUCUAUCCAGCCUCGGCCCAACAUGCAGACGCUACACGCUCACACGCAUUCGCCUGCGCAGGUCGCCCCUCAGCUGGUGCCGUCGAUGCACACGCAGGCUGUGACAACACCAACCCCUCCUCUCGCGCAGAGACACAGCUCGGGCCACGUGCACAUGCGGCAGCCGUUCCCACAUACACACACGCCGGCGCCACAGCAGCAGAAGGGGGUGGCCCUGCAGCAGAAGGUGCAACAGAUGCAACAACAACAUCAACAGCAGCCGUCACCACGCAGCAAGGCAGAGCCUUUCUCAACAGGUUGCCUGCGCGAGAGCCCUUCUCCCCUGAUGAUGCACUCUCCUCAGAUGCCUCAGUUCCAUACAAUGGGACAGCAGUCGCCCUCACAGACCAAGAAACAUGAGCAGAGGUCCAACCUGGUUGGGGUCAAAGAAGAGAAACCUUCUCAAUCUCCAGUUCUGCCCCCCUCGCCCUUCAGCCCUGCCGUGCGUCAAGACUCACACAAACCAGACAACAAACACAGAUUAGAUCUGAAGUCAAUGGAUGGUUCUCGCCCCGUUCCCCGCCUCCCGGACUCCCCAGCACCACCCUGCUCCCAGCAGGAUAAUAAAAUCAAGCAAGAGCCUAAAACUCCUAUAGCUCCCAAGAAGACACAGGAUGUGAAGUUAAAGAACAUGGGUUCAUGGGCCAGCCUGGCUCAGAGGUCCCAAUCCACGCCGGCCUCCUCCGUGCGCUCCUCCAGCGACAGCUUCGAACAGUUCAGACGGGCUGCCAGGGAGAAGGAGGAGAGAGAGCGACAGCUGAAAGCACAGGCUGAACAGGCCAGGAGAGAACAAGAGAAGCUACGUAGCCGUGACGACGACGACACCAUGGAGCAGACUCGUAGAGCGCAAGACGACGCCCGCCGACGCCAGGAGCAACAGUCACCGCUGGCUCCAACACCUCCGGCUUCCACCCCGCCCACUCACUCGCCACAGGCCCCGCCCACACAGCCACAAGCCCCACCCCCGCCCUCCUCAGCUGCACAGAACACUCCCGACCAGCAGAGGGAGAUGGCACGACGCCGCGAGCAGGAGAGGCGCAGGAGAGAGGCGACUGACACCAUUGACAUCAACUUCCAGAGCGACCUGAUGGCCAUCUUUGAAGAGAAUCUGUUCUGAGAUGGGGGGUGAAAAAGCAGACGAAGGGAGUGAGAGAAGGACCUAUAGACACACACACACACACACACAUUCACAAACAUGCAUAUAAACCACAAUGCUCUGAAUACACAUGGUCGCUGCUCACACAAAUGCACACACACAGACACACAACCAAACACACAUGAUAGUAACUGUCCCUUUCUCUCAGUAGUUGAAACAGCUGGCUUGUGUCAUGUGAAUGAGAGGGGGGGAAGUGAAAUUGGAAAUAAGCAACCCUCUUUUCCUCCAACCUCAGAUACGUUUUGGUGUCUGGCUUGGUGUUUAAGGUUGGUCGGUCUUCAAGGACAAAAGGUUGAAAAAACGAACAGCGAGGAUAAGAUAGUCGGCUGCCUCAAGGAAAGCAAGAAAAACAGAAUGAAAAGAAGGGGACAGAACUUUUACAUUUAAAAAAAAAAUAUUGUCAGUGAAGAGGUGAAUUUAAUUUAAGAAAUUAAGUGAAAAACCUUAUUCUCUAAUGUCUUGAGAGGAGAGAAAGGGGUUUUAAAGGAACGGGUGAACAAAUUACAAACGGACAGAUCACUUUGUUUUUGUUUUUUUUCCUCUCUUCUAAUCUCGUCCCUCUUUUUUGUUUUUUUUUUCCUUUUUUGUUUUUUAUUUUAAGAUGGAUUUUAACUGGGAGGGGUGGGCUGGUGUGGUUUAGUUUGUCAGGUUCAGCGGUCAUCUGAGAGUCUUGUUGUUUUCUCAGGACACAGUGGGAACGCAACACCCCCGGCCACAUUCACACACUUUUCUAAGACAUCCUUCCUCCCUUUUGCUUCCUUCAAAUUCUCUCUCUUCAGUGACAAAAUUGAAGAAGUGGAGGUUUCUAAGGUGACGCUCGUCUGUGUGCGUACAUCGAACAUCCGAUGCGGCGGCGAUGAGGAAGGAACGAUGGCAUUUUAAAAGUUUCAGAGUGUGUCCUUUGCCUUAGCGCUCUGGCCUGUAAACUAACAAUCAUACCCUACAAAUUAUACAUAUUAUAUAUAUAAAUAGAUACAUGAAUAUAUAUUAUAUACGACGAAAUGUCAGCAAAAAAAAAAAAAAAAAAAAAAAAAAACAUGAGAGGAAUUUGGAUUUCGGGGAGCAAAGCUCGUCUCUGUGUUCAUCUCUGAGCUCUGGUUUUGAUUUUGUAGAAUUUACUGUAAAGAAGAAAAAAAAACUUUUUUAUGAUUCUAUUGAGAGGAUUGUUUCGUCUGUCUUAUUCUCUCUCGUACCUUUUCUGUUUGUUUGUUUUUGUUUUGUUUUUUUCUCGACUCUAUGCCAAAACCAAUCUAUUGAGUGCUGAAAGUUCAUUCACAUUUUUUACAUGUAAAAUACAUCUUCUUUUCACUUUAUAUUAAAGGCUAUGUUUUUAUUGCUAUUUAAUUUUCCUUUAUGCCCUUUUUAAAUCCGAAGUUAUGCAGCAGUUUGCUCUGUAAUAGUCAAGAAGCGGUUCAAAAAUCACUGUAUGUCACUUCUUUACUAGCCCCCAUCAUUCUGUAGUUGUUCAGUAACUGCACUUAACUCUUACAUUAUUUGCAUCUUCUCUCUCUUUUUUUUUUUAUUAUUUCCUCUCAUCAUGUACAUGUUUUUAGUCUUUCUUAGCCGUCAUGUCCACCACUAUCUUUCUCGCAGCUUCUACAGUCUGUAUAAUAGGUUCUUGUUUGUCAUCUUAAUGUCUUUUAGUUUUUAUUUUUAAAAAUGUUUUCAUCAUCCAUGGUAACUAUUUUGGGAUGUCGUGUGCCAUUGGGUUUUUCUGGAAGCGGGAGGUUUUCCGGGUUUUCCCGAGGGUGGGCCCAGAGAUCUGUGAGUGUUUUCGAUUCUAUAAUCACUUUUAAUGUUUCAUUCAUUUCUUUUUCCCUUUUCAUAUUUGAUUGUUUUGAGUUUAUUUUGUUUUUCUUUUCCCUUUGCUAUUUUUCUCUGAUUUAUCUUACCCAGAACAACCUGUUGGUAUGUUGGUGAGUGAGGCAUUGAGGUCAAUAGAUUCAUCUUGUUCAGAUUAUGGAGUACAACAUCUUUUUUUAAGAAAAGUAUUAAAAUGAUAUUUAAAAAAAAAAAAAAAAAAAA